AGAAUAAUUAUUAAAAUCGAUUUUCUUUAUUUCUCUUAUUACGCCAACGCCAUGCUCAUUACUCGUAACCCUGUUUUGUUGAAUUCCACUUUUGUCCCCACUCUCAUUUCAGAUUCAGAGCAUCGUUGCGCAUCUCCACGCUCUCUUUGCUUCUCUUCUCGCACGGACAUGGAUACUGCUGCUGGUCAAAGUCUUUACCCAUUACACCGUUGCAAAACUCUUCACCUGGUAAGACAUGCCCAAGGAUUUCACAAUGUAGAAGGUGAGAAGAACUUUGAAGCAUACAAGUCUUAUGAUCUUUUUGAUGCAAACCUGACCCCUCUCGGCUGGAAACAGGUUGAUAAUCUGAGACAACAUGUUAAGGCCAGUGGUCUUUCCAAAAGAAUUGAACUAGUUAUUGUUUCCCCCUUGUUAAGGACUAUGCAAACAGCAGUUGGAGUCUUUGGUGGGCAACCAUAUACUGAUGGGAUUAAUGUACCUCCCCUGAUGAAUGACAAUGUGGGAGAUAGUGGUCGCCCUGCAAUUUCCAGUCUAAAUGCCCCACCAUUUAUAGCAGUAGAGCUUUGCCGAGAACAUUUGGGGGUGCAUCCUUGUGAUAAGAGAAGAAACAUCACUGACUACCGACAUAUGUUUCCAGCUAUUGAUUUUUCAUUGAUAGAAAAUGAUGAGGACAUUUUGUGGAAACCUGACAUUAGAGAGAAGAAUGAAGAAGUUGCUGCCAGGGGACUGAAAUUUUUGGAAUGGUUGUGGACACGUAAAGAAAAGGAGAUAGCUGUCGUUACCCACAGCGGUUUUCUGUUUCAUUCUCUAAGUGCUUUUGGAAAUGAUUGUCAUCCAAACGUGAAGAAUGAAAUCUGCACACACUUUGCUAACUGUGAGCUACGUUCAAUGGUUAUCAUUGACAGAGGUAUGAUUGGUUCAGAUGAGUCCUCUACCAACUAUCCUGGCAAAGUUCCAUAUGGCCUUGACCUUCCUAGUGACGUUGCUGACCAGAAGCAUCCAGAGAAUGGGCAGGCAAACUGAUAGUGGAAUUUUCUUCAUUUUUAUGAUUUCCUAAUUACAUUUAUGAUACCAACUACGAUUACUUUUAAACAUUAAUUAAAUGGACAUCAAUUUCAUGUGUGAACUGUGGACGUUACGUUAUUUCUUAUUCAAGGUUA